AUGGCAUUUCGUGGACAUGAUGAAUCUGAAGAUUCAAACAAUCAAGGAAACUUUCUUGAACUGUUGCAUUGGUUGUGUGAUCAUAAUCCUGAGAUUAAGGCCGUUGCUUUGACAAAUGCACCUGAAAAUUUGAAAUUAACAUCACCAAGAGUGCAAAAAUAUAUUGUAAGUGUUAUUGCUUCUGAAUGUCUACAUAUGAUUAUCGAAAAUAUUCGUGAUAGUUUCUUCUCAAUUUUAGUUGAUGAAUCUCGAGAUAUUUCUGUGAAAGAGCAAAUGUCAGUUGUCAUUCGUUAUGUGAAGAAUGGGUGCAUAUUGGAACAUUUUAUUGGUGUCAUUCAUGUUUUGAAUACCAUAGCUGCCUCACUUAAGGCUGCAAUUGAUCAAUUAUUCUCAACGCAUAAUUUAAGCAUAUCUAAUUUGAGAGGCCAGGGAUAUGAUGGAGCUAGUAACAUGCGAGGUGAGUAUAAUGGCCUCAAAGCACUUAUUUUGAAAGAAAAUCCAAGUGCUUACUAUAUUCAUUGCUUUGCUCAUCAACUUCAAUUAGCUCUUGUAGCCGUGGCACAGAAACAUCCGAAGAUUGAAACUUUCUUCACUACAGUACAUAGAUUGGUGAAUAUUGUUGGAGGAUCAGCUAAACGGAGUGAUCUUAUUCGAGAGAAUCAAAGAUUGAAAAUUCUUGAAUUACUCAGUAUUGGUGAAAUAUCAAGCGGACGAGAGUUGAAUGAUCGUUUUUCUGAAGCAAAUAAUGACUUGCUUAUUUGUGUUGCAUGUUUAUCUCCAAAUAAUUCAUUUGCUGCUUUUGACAAGAUUAAAUUGAUUCGACUAUGUCAGUAUUAUCCUGUAGAUUUUGACGCAGCAAAUAUCCUAGAACUUGAUGAUCAACUAGAUACGUAUAUUAUUGAUAUGUGCACUUCUGAAGACUUUGAAGAAUUACAAGGCAUUAGCGAUCUUGCACAGAAGUUUGUUGUGAAGAAUAAACAUGAAGUGUAUCCAUUAGUCUACAAACUUGUGACACUAACCUUAGUUCUUCCCGUGGCUACUACUACAGUCGAGAGAGCAUUUUCUAUUGAAAAUGAUGUAAUUAUUGAACGUUAUCAAAGUAUGAGAGCACGUAGAGAGCAAUUCUUGAGAAUAGAUAAUAAUUCUCAACUACAACUUGAGAUAUCCCAUUUCUUUCCUAAUACCUCUAUUUAUACAUACAUAUGGAGCUCUAUUAUUAAUCUAUUUAUAUCAUUGUGUGACAUCAACAAUAUCAAAAGGCACCCUUACCAUUCUGUUAUUGUCCUUCUUGGACCUACAACUUCACAUGCACCUUCUGCUUUUUAUCAAAGGAGCAUCUCCCUUUCUAUUAUUGUCCUUUUAUCUGUGUCUUUACAUGCAGCUAGAAAAAUCUCUUAG